AGCUCUGGGAAGCCGGGUUUGUCUCCCGGCCUCUGCCCGGAGGAAAGCAAUGGCAGGGGAAGGGGUAAGAAACUUCAAGGAACUUCAAGCCAAAUUUCAGAAGUUUGAUACUCCACCUCUUCCAGGACCUACUAAAUUUCCAGCAGGUGUUUCUCAAAAGGAUGACAUUGGAAGCACACAGUUCACACGAAUUUUGGCCAGUGGGAAACCCAUCUUAUCCAGCCACAGACAACCUCCCCCAUAUUGUUCCAGUGGUGAGUCCCACCCUCUUAAACCUCAGAAAAUGAAGUUGGAACAUAGGAGUGAAAUUCAGAAAUGUUCCAGUUCUCCAGGACCUCUGGAAAUGUCUGCUGUGUCUUCUGCAGUAAAUUCACAGAAGCCUUCUCUGCUGUUAGAUGUGAAUCAAUCAAACGCUGGGAUAACCGAUAAGGAGAAAGUAAUGGUGGCCAAUAGCUUCAGAGUCAAGCUCUGGAACUGGGAGAAGGUUUCAUCUCAGAAAAGUGAGAUGUCAUCUGCCCUUCUUCCUUCCAAUUGUAGAAGGAAGGUCUUUCAUGUGGAAGGGGAAAAAGUUAUAGGGCUUACCCAAGAGGAGCCAAGGAAGAAGCUGGAGGCAAAAGGAGCCCAGACUGUUCCUUCCCAGGGGUAUUUGGUGGCCCAAAGAAAAUUACUUGCCACCUCUGCAAAUCCCUCUUUUCUACUUUCUCAACAUGGCAGGAAGAGCCAGGAAAACCCCGGUCCUGAGAGAGGCCCAUCAGGCAGUCCCUGCCAGUCUGUCUAUGAGUGUGAGCUUGCCAUCCAGGCCCCAGAAAAACAGGCGUUUAUCAGGCGUCACCAACCUCCCAAAACAAAGCCACUGCCUUCCAUCGAGUCCCUGGGUCCUCGUCCUCCAAAGCCUUCAAAGCCCCCUGUUGUGAGCCUCCAGGCCUUCCAGAGGCAGCCAGCUGCUACUGCCAAGACCCAAAGGGAAGUGGCUGUGAAAGAAGGCUACCUGACUCCAGAAAGUUUGUUUAAUGCUGAAUUUGAAGAACCACAUAAUUACGAGGCAACGAUUUCAUAUCUGAGACACUCUGGCAACUCCAUUAACCUGUGCACUACAAAAGAAAUUGCUGAUUCGACUUACGAAGUUGAAAUCAAAGACUUCCAAAAGCCUUGGAAGAAUUUUCUCCAUCAAGGACUUAGCCCCAAACAUGUGGAUGAAGAUAAGAAUAAGGAAAAAGAGCCAUGUGAACUGGAACCUCAAAAAACAGAAAAGGGUCCACAUUCAAACCAUCCUUUCAAGGUAGGUGCCUAUGAGGGGACACCUGGAAAAAUCCAGAUGGCAAACGUCCACAGAGGUAGUAGGAGCAUGCUGGCCGAGAAGCAGGAUGCCCUGAUUGACGUCAUCCAGAUGAAGGCCUGCCCCAAGGGCCCAGGGCUGGCCAGGCACUCCCAAGGCCACGAUGGAUAUGUGGAGGCUUUGGAGGUGACUAAAGGAAUCCCAGAUGCAAGGGCUUUGAAGCCAGUUUCCUUUUCAGAGGAGACAUAUGAUGAUGUCCAGUGCCCCAGGAAAGAGGUACCACAGUUGGACUUGUCUGACUCACUUGCCUCUGAUAGUGAAGAAAAUAGUGAAAAAAUGUAUGAAGAUGUCUGCAAAACAAAGAGCAAUUACCCAAAGAUAGAUUUAGAUGGAAAAGAGACACUUAAAAGACUGCAGCGAUUCUUCAAAAAAGAAAAGGACCGAUUUAAAAUGAAGAAAACCAAGUCAAAAGAAAAUGUAAGUGCAUUUUCCAUUUCACUGCCUGAUUUAGAACUUAGGUCUCAGGAAGUUGUUAUCUAUGAUGACGUGGACAUGAGUGAAAAAGAGUCAAAGGAUAAACAUAAACUGAAAAUCAGGAAGCCCAAGUUUUUGAUACUAAGGGAAACAAAAGAGAAAAAAGGUGCUGAAGACUCAGAAAGUUCAUCUCCUAGAAAUUUCUUCAGAACCAAGAUGCAAAACUUAGAAAAGAACAGAAUGCAAAGAGAAGAAAAACUUUUCAGAAAAAGAUUUGAGUAUAACAAAGAGAUUAUUGUUAUAAACACAGCAGUGGUGUGUUCAAAUAAUUCAAGAAAUGGAAUAUUCGACCUGCCAAUAACCCCUGGAGAAGAACUGGAAGUCAUUGAUACUACGGAACAAAAUCUAGUGAUAUGUCGCAAUUCUAAAGGCAAAUAUGGAUAUGUGCUCAUUGAACAUCUAGAUUUCAAGCAUCAAGGUUGGUCACCUUAGGAAGAACAAGAUCAAAUGGCAUGGGCUGUACAAGUGACAACUAAUCCUGAGAUCUUAUACUUGCCUCACAUCAGUUUCAUUUUACAGGGCAAAUAAGAUGUGGAAUCUGUGGAAACUUUUGCUCAGAACUUAGAAGAGAAAAACAAACAAAUCCUCAACAUUUACAUGUUGGUUUUACUUCUAAAAGGUUAUUUUUCAAUGUCUAUUUCAGUAUCUAUUUCACUGCCAGUUAAAGAGCAUGUGAAACAGUGUGUUAGCAUUCGAGCAUGUGCUUAAUGAGCCAUAUCCAGAGUUAGAAACCAUGCCUUAUGGCAGGCACCUCCUCAGUUGUGCAGAUGGCUAGUUUGCUUCUAAUAGUAGUACAAGAGCAUUUGUAAUUUCUAGAUGUUGUGCAUUUAAAUUUGGUAUAAUAGUGAACAGUAGUUUAAUCAAGGUCUUUUCAAUACUCAAAUUUAAGGUAUAAUCUUCAAAUAAUCAUGGCUCUGUCUUAUAAAAAUCAAGGUAUGUGUCCUUUUGCUUUAAUACAAAAAUAAAAUCAGAUGAAUGCUG